AUGUCCAAAAACGAAUACUUUGAUAAACCAGCUGGUGCACCACCAAAUUACGGUAAUCAGAAUCAAAAUACACAACAACCUAAUUACUCAAAUCAAACUCAAGAUAGAGGAAUGUUUAGUCAUAAUCAACCACAACAAGGGUAUUAUCAACAACCACAACAAGGAUAUUAUCAACAACCUCCAACAGGUCAAUAUUAUCAACAACAGCAACAACCUUAUUAUCAACCACAACAACAACAACCAAUGUAUGUUCAACAACAACCACGUUCUGGUGGAAAUGAAUCUUGUUUAAUGGGUGUCUUGCUGCUUUAUGUGUUUGUUGUACUUUGGAUAUGUUAUUCUAAGAGAUGUAUAAAGUCAUCAAUCCUAUUCAAUUCCUUUCUAUUAUUUACGUUGUAUUACAUCCCAUUCCUGAAUUACAUCCUGUUUUAUGGACAUGGAUGA